CGAUACUUUAUGUAGUGAACCACGAGGGUGACUGUUUCGUCAUUCUUUUCAUCAGAAGAGAAGGUGAAUGAGAAAGCUAUUAUAAUUUAAGUACGAUGUUUGCCGUAUCGAGAGUUAACGUUAAUAAAUCGCUGCAUUUUUCUAAUUUCUCUGUUACUUUUUUAAAAAGAAAGUUCACCAGUUUUUCCAGAAACACUAGUGCAGCAGUUCAUUAUCAAAAUGGAAAAGAGAUACACAGAAGACAAAAAUCUGAUGGACCAAAAGGUGCUGUUAUUGGUAUUGAUUUGGGGACAACAAACUCAUGUGUAGCAGUUAUGGAAGGAAAAUCUGCCAGAGUCAUUGAAAAUGCUGAAGGUGCACGAACAACCCCCUCAGUGGUGGCUUUUACAAGUGAUGGGGAACGUAUUGUUGGAAUGCCUGCUAAACGUCAGGCUGUAACUAAUGCUGCCAACACAUUCUCAGCAACAAAAAGGUUAAUUGGCCGACGGUAUGAUGACUCAGAAGUACAGAAAGAUAUGAAAACAGUAUCUUUUAAGAUAGUUCGAGCAUCCAAUGGAGAUGCAUGGGUUGAAGCUCGUGGCAAAAUGUACUCCCCAAGUCAGAUAGGAGCUUUUGUCCUGAUGAAGAUGAAGGAAACAGCAGAUGGAUAUAUGGGACACCCUGUAAAGAAUGCUGUAAUUACUGUUCCAGCCUAUUUUAAUGACUCUCAAAGACAGGCAACAAAGGAUGCAGGACAGAUUGCUGGUCUGAAUGUCUUGAGAGUAAUUAAUGAACCAACAGCAGCAGCUCUAGCAUAUGGUAUGGACAAAUCUGGUGAUAAAAUGUGUAAGGGUAAGACUGAUAUAAACCUUCCAUACCUUACAAUGGAUGCCAGUGGACCCAAGCAUAUGAACUUAAAGCUUUCACGAUCUAACUUUGAAAAUUUAGUCCAAAAUCUAGUUAAGAGAACAGUUGAACCUUGUAAGAAAGCUAUACAAGAUGCAGAAGUGAAGAAGAAUGAUAUUGGAGAUGUCAUUUUAGUUGGAGGGAUGACCAGAAUGCCAAAGGUCCAAGAGACUGUUACAGAAAUAUUUGGCAGACAACCUAGCAAGUCUGUUAACCCAGAUGAAGCAGUUGCUGUGGGUGCAGCAAUUCAGGGAGGUGUGUUAGCAGGUGAUGUUACAGAUGUUCUACUUCUUGAUGUCACACCUUUAUCACUUGGUAUUGAAACUUUGGGUGGUGUCUUCACAAAAUUGAUCAGUCGUAACACUACAAUUCCAACCAAGAAAAGCCAGGUAUUUUCUACAGCAGCUGAUGGCCAAACACAAGUGGAAAUUAAAGUUUGUCAGGGUGAGCGCGAAAUGGCUGCAGAUAACAAGAUCCUAGGACAAUUUAGUUUGGUUGGAAUCCCUCCUGCACCCCGAGGAAUACCUCAAAUUGAAGUAACCUUUGACAUUGAUGCUAAUGGUAUUGUUCAUGUAUCAGCAAGGGACAAAGGAACUGGAAAAGAACAACAAAUUGUUAUCCAGUCUUCUGGUGGGUUGAGUAAGGAUGAGAUUGAAAACAUGAUAAAGAAUGCAGAAAUGUAUGCUGAACAAGAUAAGAAGAGAAAGGAAGUUGUUGAAGUAGUAAACCAGGCGGAAGGUAUCAUACAUGACACAGAAUCUAAGAUGGAAGAGUUUAAGGAUCAACUUCCAGCAGAUGAGUGUGAAAAACUAAAAGAAAAGAUAGCACAAGUACGAAACUUGCUGAGCAACAAAGACAACGAAACUGCAGAAAAGAUAAAGGAAACUACCCAGGAUUUGCAACAGUCUUCAUUAAAACUCUUUGAAGUAGCUUACAAAAAGAUGGCUUCCGAGAGAGAAGGGUCCUCUACCUCUGGGAGUGAUAGCAGUUCUUCUGGAUCCGCUGAUGGAUCUGAGAAGAAAGAAGAGAAAAAUAACUAAUUUUUCAUGAUUUACAACUUCAAAUAAAAACAUAACAUUGUACUGAGAUCAGUUAGAGACUGAGGAUAGAACAGGUGCAAUUAGUAUUUGAAAUUUUCUCAUCAGUGUUUAGCAGUUAAUUCUUUCUCAUGGAAGUCCUUCAACAUCCAAAUAGAGUUUUGUAAGAAAAUAAAUUGUGCAUUUUUUUCUUUAUAAAUAGUUACUUAGACAUCCUUCUCUCCUUUCUCUGUAAGCCAUUGUUGUCUUUAUCCUAGAGCACAAGUGUAGAUAUCUUUAAGACACAAAUUAUGUGUUUAAAAAAUUACUACUGUCAUUCUUGUUCUUUUCAUUUGGGCUGAUUUUAAUAAAAUUAUCAUUUAUUUUCA